UAUCGUUUCAAGGGCAAAGCCUCUCUCUGAGUUGAAACGAUAUGCCUCGAUGUUAUAGAACGGAUAGGAGCUGUACAUUAGUUUAGGCCUAAAUAUGGCUGAGAAAAUGUGCAUAGAAAAUCCUACGGAAAGUCAAGAAACAAGUUCUGAUGAAAUUAAAGAAUGUGACCCGUGUUUAAUAUCUGACAAAUCCAGUCCUGCAGGAAAAUAUUGCAGCGAAUGUGAAGAAAACCUGUGUGAAGACUGCGCGAGAAAUCACUCGAAAAGAAAAGCCACCUCGUCUCAUAAGCUCAUUUUGAUACAAGAGACACAUUCAGAUACAUAUUUACUUUGCAAUCCAUGCACUGAUAAUGAAAAAGUAUCUAAAGCUGUUUCAUUCUGUGAUAUGUGUGAAGAGUACCUAUGCAACACCUGUACACAAUCCCACAAGAUCAGAAAAGCCACACGUCUACACGAGCCAAUAAACAUUGAAGAGUUAAAUCGGUAUAAAAAGUCUGCUGAGAAAAUACCAUCUUGCGCACUAUGUGAAGAGAGUGGCAUUCGAUCUACUGCGUCAUAUUACUGCGAAGAAUGUGAAGAAUAUCUUUGUGAAAUGUGCAAAGAAAGUCACUCCAUUCGAAAAGCAACAAAGUUACACAGACCCGUUCCUGCCUCUUCCCUCAAAUCAAAUGAUAGUGAUGAAAAAACAGAAAAAGAAGAAAGCAGUAAAAUGUGUGAUCCAUGCACUUUCUUAAAUAAACGAGUAGUUGCCAUAUCAUUCUGUACACAGUGCGAGGAGCUCCUCUGUGCUGACUGUACCAACCUACAUCGAAUAAGGAAGCUCACAAAAGCACAUGCACUUAAAAGACCAGAAAGUGCUGAAGCCGAUAAGGUGGAGUGCGGCAUUUGUGAAAGAAGAACAGACCAAAGAACUGUUAUGUACUGUAACACUUGCGAGGAGAAAUUGUGUAGACGUUGUGCAAAUUAACAUCAACAAAAGAAAAUGUUUAAAAAUCAUUGUCUUCAAGCUGAAAAAAAUAAGCAAAAAUCGACAAUUAAAUGUGAUCCAUGCAAAGAAAGUAACAAAAUAAAGUCUGCAGACACUUAUUGCAAGCAGUGUGAAGAACAUUUAUGUGAGUUUUGCACUCGAUAUCACAGAGCCCAGAAAAUGACAAAAAAUCACGAUCUAAUUGAACCAAUGUCGCAAUCUUCGGGUAUUACAACAACUCCUAAUUGCGACCCCUGUUCGGAAAAUGAGAUCCAAGUGAAAGCAAUAAGUUAUUGCAUUGAAUGUGAAGAAAACUUUUGUGAGGUCUGUGGACGGAGACAUACAUCAUUGAAAAUAUCAAAAAAUCAUAAAAUUGUUGACGUAACUAAUAUUAUUUCCGAAAGAAGUUGUAAGGUUUGCAGUCAGUGUCAAGAAGAUGGAAGAUUUGUAAAUGCUGUUAAGUAUUGUGCAGAGUGCCAAGAGUAUUUCUGUGCAGAAUGCUGCCAAAUACACAAACGCUAUAAAGUUUCCAAAUUCCAUAACCUGCUUGAAAUGGAGGAGGUUUACAAAUCAAGCAAACAACAUAGCAAUUCCUGUAGCGCACAUGGUACAAAAGUAGUCGAAGAAAGUUUGAAAAGAAUUGAGGUAAGAAGCCGAGAUGUAAAGCCGGGUCCACAAGGCAAAAAGGGCAUACCUGGGAAGCCGAAAUCAUUAAAUGUUCUCCUAGAUACUAUAACAUUGUCAUGGGACCCACCAUCACAGUUUGACGAAAAGGACCAUUACGAGAUAAGCUUCAAAUUGCAAGAUCAUGACGAUAAAUGGAAGAUCCUGCCAGAUAAGUUUGCAACGACCAUUGCUGAAGCAAAGGACUUGAAGUCGAAUACCGCACAUAUUUUCCGUGUUCGUGUGGCGGGUGAAAAUAAUGAGGGACCAUGGAGUGCGGAAAGUGAUGCAAUACUCACAUCAGAGUCUUUGGCUUCUCAACUCAUUAGAUUUGCCGUGAAAAUAAAGGAUGGGGAUCCAGCACCAGCAAUAUAUGCUUUGCCAAUGACGGAAAUACAAGCGGCAAGGGAUGAAAAGGCAAUGUUGCGAAAGUUUGAAUUUGGUGCAAAUGAAGCACAGGGCGGAGAAGCCAAAACGAUCAUGUUAGCUGGUCCUGUGGGAACUGGAAAAAGUACAAUGGUUGAUGGAUUCGUAAACUAUGUACUCGGUGUCACUUGGGACGAUCCUUUCAGAUUUACGGUAACAAACAGGACACAACAAGUGCCAGACGGACAGAUAAAAAAUGAUCAAACGCAGCCACACAGGGCGCGAAAUUCAUCUUCUACUAGCACAGACACAGAGCGAUCUGACCAGAGGUACAGAGUGAGAUAAAGCCUCCAGAAUAGACAGAGGGAACGUUUUAGAUACAGACGUGUCCGGCUAACUUAGCCUAGCUCUGCGAAUAGACAGUCUGGUUCAUUAACGUGCCCGGUGUAUAGCAUCGAUGCACGCGAAGCCGUCUUUCCUGGGAAGAACCAGUACAGGCCUCUAGUUAGGCGGGAGACACUCAAGAACAUCUCAAAAAUGUUCAAUGCUUGGACUGGGAUUCGAACACUGGGCCAUUGGAUUGACAGUCAAGCGUGUUACCACUAGACCACCGGUCCACCUAUGUAUCCUAGUCGAGACCUUAUUUAUCGGUGACAAUAAAGUGAUUCCGAAUUUUCGGUGAAAAUUUAUACGAUAUGAUCUGUUGUUUAAAGUGUGAUUCAGUCAAAUCCAGAUCAUCACACUCGGUUUGAGAAAAACAUUAUAUAUGUAUGGAACAAUAUUACUUUUUAAUAUCAACUGAAUUGAAAUAAUAAAAUUGAUAAUAAAACUACGUAGUUAGUUAGCUUCACAUAAAGUAAAACCACCAAAAGUAAUUGAUGCAUAGAGAUGCAUGAAACCUGCCACAAGCAGGUUGCUAUAGUUUCGUAAUGUUUUUCUCAACAAUAGAUUUUGAUGAAAUGUUCUGUGUUAAAAGAUCAUGUUACGAUGUAUUGAAAAAUGAAAUAAAAAUACAAGGUCACCAGCUUUGUUUCAAUUUAAUUUGCCCCUAGAUAUGGUGCUAUUUUUAACAUUUUUCAAAAUUUCUAUAAUCCUAAAAUAUAUUUCAGUAAAGUACAAUAAUCAGCAUAAAUUUGAUAUCUAAUUAUUUUAAUAACAGAAAACAAUAUAUCUAUUUGAAACAUGCUCAGAGAAAUCAAAAGAAAAUCAUUUUGUAAAGAAAGUAAUACUUGUUCAGCAGACCCAAGGGCUAUUUUUGCAUAGUUUUGUCAAUUUUAAGUUGAUACUUCUGCUGUUUUAUCGAGUUUCACAUAACAGAAUUUAAUAAAGCUCUGCACAUACCUUUGGUUAUGUCUACCUAAUCUAAAACAAAAAGAAAAUUGAUAGGUCACUGUAUUAGAUUUCGCUUAAAUCAAAUUACAACGAGGUGGGGUGUGGCGGGCAUUUAUACAACGCAGGCUGGUACGAAAUACUCUUUCAGUGUUUGAGCAAAUUAUCAAACGGCAUAUUUCUUAAUAAGCGGAUUUUAAGGCGUUUCUGAAGCAUUUUGAUGUCAUAGAACGAUGAAAGUUCUCGCCUUUCUCCGAACAAAACCUAUUGUUUACGAAUACGGAUGUACGGUAUGGGUACGGUACGGGAUUAGAAACAGCUGACUCAAUGCAGAGUUUGGGUGUCGGCCCGGUACAAUUUCUCCUUCUUUGCUGUAUAGUAAAACAAGCACUUUAGGACAUGGAUUGUGAAUUUCACAACAAAAUUGCAGCAUUGACAGCUCUGUAUUUCUGAAGAGUCUUCAUCUGAUAUAAACUGGUUCAAGAACUUUACAGGAAGUCUGUCAUUAAAACACUGCAACUGAAUAAUUUUCUACAUAUAUGUUAGCUGAAAUAGUGAAAAGAAUAUUAAAAUAAGUAUUACCAGACAACCUCUUUCAGCACAGACAACAAAGUAUCUGAAAUGCACAUUUAAAAGAAUUGAAACACAUAAAUGCUAUGAAAAAAACAACAUACAGUAAAACAUGAAUAAAAGUCCCAACAGGAAAAGUCCUAUCUAAAGAAUAAAGUAGAAUGAAUCAAGCAAAACUGAAAUACAAAUACCGUCAAGUUGUGUUUCCAGUCGGUACCAGGACAAAUACAUAUUAAGGAAACUGCACAAGGCCGACCCAGGAAACCAGCCCGGCUAUAUAGUUUCUUAGUAACACAGACCUGCGUUGUAAACAUGAAAAGCAAAUCGAAUAGAAGCAUCCCAUUCAAGGCAGAAUGUAUCUGACGACGGCCUGAUGCGGGCUGAAGCCGAAAGCUCGGAAUAUGUUCUAAACUGAAAAAACAAAUGAAUAGAUAAAAUGAUACACAAACAACAACAACAACAACAACAACAACAACAAUUUUAUCACACUGAAGCAACCUCCAUGUAAUUCCCUGUGUAAUAUAACCAAUGUCCUGUCAGUGUAAAGAAAACUUGUUAUACAUUAAUAAUGCCGACAAAUGCACUCGGCACACCGGUAAGCAAUAUCCUUCAAUGCCAAAAUGCCGGUAGCACACUGAAUUUGAUUGAAAUGAGAAAAAUAAUUAUUUCGUGUAAUAUUAGUUAUGCGUCUCAUACGCAAGGGAACGAACAUUCACGCAAUUUCUUUAUAUCAUAUAUGAGACGCCUGCUGACUGACUUUAACAUCAGUGUAAUACCACCGUGACUGGUUCGAGAUCCAGGCCCGACAAGCAAUCAGUCUCUCCGACUCUUGUUAUGAAACCGACUAUAGCCUCAUUUUAUAAACCCAUCCGGUCCAAAAUGUACAGCUUCCAUACAUACGACACUGUUCAUUCAUGGUCUAUUGCGGCACUAUGUAACAUGUUCACAUAUAUAUACUUAUAAAUUCUUCAGAAAAGAGACGCUAUGUGAAAUAGAAUUUUUUUUUUUAAUUUAAGAAAUUUAAAUUUAUAUUUUUUUCUUAAAAUUAAAGUGAAUAACUAUGUGUCUUCUUUUUAUAUAGCCUUUUUAAAGCUUCCUGUUUGUUCAGUGUCUUUGCACUAUAGUAGAAGACUGACAAAUCAAGAGGAGACAACUAUUACUCAAAUUUCAAAGAAAAUUCAACUACUGAAUUUUUAAAAUUUGAAUAAAAUUAAAAUUUCACAAACCUUGGAAAUAUCCUUUUAGCCACUGAUUUGUAUUGUUAUCAGCUACUAGUGUGUGAAGUUUCAUGACUGUAAAUAAACCCUAUGGUUGCUGUGAAAUUUGUUUGAAUAAAUGCAAAUAACACGAAAAUAUAACUUACGUUAGAAAUAAUAUGUUUUAAAGCUACAUUAACUAGAAAGAUAAUCUUAUUCAAUAUUUUUUUUUAUAAGAAAUCACUACAAAAAGCAAGAUAUAACUAUUUUAAACAUCUCUGUUGCCAUGGUUACUUUAAACUUUUAGAAAAAUAGGGUACCAUGUAAAGUGCUUGGUAUUUUGCUGAUAAUAUUACCCAAAUAUUCCAUGUUGGUCAUUAACAGAAUGGCACUGAAGCCGUCGAAAACCCGUAUUUUUAUACAAAAUUGUUUAAAAAUGAGAGAAAAUGCGUUACCAUGGAAACACGAGCCCCGCGACAUAUACAUUUUAAGCUUAUAUUAGAAAGCUAACGUGUAUACUAGUAAAAUUAUCAAUUAUGCAGACUUUUACGGACAUCAAUGAAACUAAAAUACACCGAAAAGUGUUAAAUAUCCGUAUUUUCCUUCUUCUUUCAAUAUAAAAUACCUUUGGAGGGUCUUGUUCUUCAAACCUGGAUAAAAACUGAACUUGAAGAGACAGAGACAAACGAAAUUGAGAUUGUAGCAGUUAAAACUUCAUAUUACACGAAAUACAAAAAAAAAAUGCUGCUGUUCAACUAAUGUGAAUUUACCCUUGUAACAAGGUAACCUACCUCCUUAAAUGCAUGCGAACAUACAAUGAUUUGCGAAUUUUUGCCGUACGCGACAUUAUAUAAUCACUUCCGGGCAUGCGCAGAAGACCGCUCCAACUCUGCAAAGACCUAAAUCGAUUAGAAACACCACGAAAUUGACACGGUGUUGGAGUAAAUAUCGACCCGACCGGAAAAAACUGUAGCGAGCGCCUUUAAAAUACUUAUGGGGUAUAGUAAUAACUACUAGGAAAACAAUUCAACAGAAAUAGCUAAGCUGUAUUUAAAGAAUAUAGUCAACUUUUAAUGAAUUUGUAAUAUGCAUGGAUGUUUGCAUCGUGAAAUUAUACAAAACAUACAAACCCAAAGUAAAACGUAUCCAUAAAGAAAACAAAAUAAUAAAAAAUAUGAAAUAUAUUUGUCAAAGUAUCGGUUAUUUUUUUAACAUCAAAUAUCUUUACUCAGGUUUCCUUGUCUAUAUACUGAGUAACAAAAUCACAUUUUAACUCUGCAUACAAAAGUUAAAGGGAAAUAACAAUUUUUUAUUUUUUUAUAAUAAACACAUACAUUUUAUUGAAAAAUGUGGUCCAAACCUUUCUUAAUCAUAGUUCUGGGCGACCGGACCGUUUUAUCAAAUGCAUAGAUAUAUUUUUUUAAAUGAAAUAACUAUCUUCAUUGGAAAACUAUUAUAAUGGCUGCAAUUCAAUGGAGUUUAUUUGUUAUGAUUCUAAUUAUGACCUCUCGUUUAAUAUCAGCUUCAAUCUCUAUUCUUGUAAUAAAAAAUUGCACUUAACAACAAUUGUUGCUAAAGUCUGUGAGCGCCAGUCCAUACAAAAGUGACAAUUUAUGCAACAAGACGCUUUCCGGUAUGGGGCCAACAAAUUUGUCUUUAGAUGUACGAUCAACUAUUGUUCGCCAGAUAUCUUGGGUAUAAAAAAGCUAGUAACAUGGCUGCACUGAACUGUUCUGUAUACAUUUCUAUGCAAAUUUCAGUACAAAUGUAAUACAUAUGUACUUAAAACAAUACUAAAACCCACCAGUGAUAGCGGAAAGCAUUUUAUGCGAGAUGGUUUCUUUGAUUUAACAACUAAGAAUUUAUCUU